AAAAAUACUAAAUCCCGUAUUACUAACUUCAUGUUAGUUACGAGUUUGUACAAUGACAGACUUUAAAAGUCAUUUAAGACUUAACAGGAAUUCAGUUGAGUUGUUUUUGCGUAAAAAUUGUUGAUUGGGCAGACGGCCAAUAUGGUUUUGCGGCCGUUGGUCGAGCGAGGAAAAAUCGAGGUGAAUACGGACGGUCCGUCGUACAGAUCGUGUGCGACAGCCGACCGAUUUUGAACACAAGGACACCGAUAAAUAUACAUACCAACACAGGUUACGAAUCGUAACCGACCGUCGUCAUCGGGCCAGUCAUUCCGGACACUAACCGAUCGUCGUGAACGUGUGCACCGUAUCGCGAGCCGAUGUCCGCAGCCGGGAGAAGACUGUGCGCCGCGGCCGCGUACGUGUUGGACAAGCAUUUGUUCGCGACCAACACGUUCAGCGGUUCCGCGAUCAUGUGUUUCGGCGACGUAGCGCAGCAGUGCGUUGAACGAUACCACGGGCUGUCCGACGGCCACGACAACGAAAGAACAGCGCGAAUUGCUGUUGUGGGUUGUAUACUGGGAUCAAUACAACAUUUUUUCUAUCAGUUAUUGGACAAACGGUAUCCAACUAGAGACAAUCUAACAAUAUUCAGAAAAAUACUCAUCGAUCAAACUGUAUGUACACCCAUCAACAUUGCGAUAUUCAUUUAUGGACUGGGUAUUUUAGAAAAUAAAACUUUUGCCAACAUGAAUGAAGAAUUUAAGAACAAAUCUUUAAUGAUAUUUUUGGUUGACUGUGCUGUUUUUGUUCCAUCACAAUACAUAAAUUUCAAGUUUCUAGAUCCAAAAUAUAGACUUCUAUUCACAAACAUAGUUUCUAUUAUGUAUGAUACUUUUCUCUCUUACAUUAAAUAUACACAUGAUAUUCUCAAAUCAAUGGAAAUACAAAAAAAAUGCAAAAAAAAUAAAAUCAUUCAAUAUAAUGAACUCUUGAAAAAGUAUAGCUGCAAGCCUAUCAAGUCUGCCAUGAAGAUCACCACCACUGUAUACACAACAAUUUUGUACAUGCUUAUAUACAAUUUCAUAAUUUAUACAAGCCAAAUAAUUAGGCUAUUGUUUAAAUAUUUAUACAUC